AUGCGUUUCUUCGAAGCUUUGGCUGUGGCCACGUUGACUUCAUCUGCUGCCGCCUCUGCUAUACCCGCAGCCAAGCUUGUGGGUGUUCUCCCUCGUGAAGCAGAGGUAGUGGUCCCUGACAAGGGCCACUACGACAAGCGCGAAGUGGUCGUCCCUGACAAAGGCCACUACGACAGGCGCGAGGUGGUCGUCCCUGACAAAGGCCACUACGACAAGCGCGAAGUGGUCGUCCCUGACAAAGGCCACUACGACAGGCGCGAGGUGGUCGUCCCUGACAAAGGCCACUACGACAGGCGCGAGGUGGUCGUCCCUGACAAGGGUCACUACGACAGGCGCGAGGUGGUCGUCCCUGACAAGGGUCACUACGACAGGCGCGAGGUGGUCGUCCCUGACAAAGGCCACUACGACAGGCGCGAGGUGGUCGUCCCUGACAAGGGUCACUACGACAGGCGCGAGGUGGUCGUCCCUGACAAAGGCCACUACGACAGGCGCGAGGUGGUCGUCCCUGACAAGGGUCACUACGACAGGCGCGAGGUGGUCGUCCCUGACAAGGGUCACUACGACAGGCGCGAGGUGGUCGUCCCUGACAAGGGUCACUACGACAGGCGCGAGGUGGUCGUCCCUGACAAGGGCCACUACGAUUAA